AUGGGACCGCACGCCUUGCGCUUUGCAACGCUGGGGCUGCUGACAGGGCCAGCCUUCGCGGCUAUUUCGCCAGCACUCCAACUCGAAAUAUUUGAUUACGGUCAGCGUGGCCCGCUCCUAGGCACUCAUUUUGGCCCUCCAGUAGCCAAUGCCACCUUCGACUAUGUGAUCGCCGGCGGUGGGAACGCCGGACUGACCAUUGGUACGCGACUGGCAGAAGGUGGUGCCAGCGUGGCUAUCGUUGAAGCGGGGGGCUUCUAUGAGAUCGACAACGGGAAUCUCUCCAUUGUCCCUGGCUAUGCCACCUAUUUUACAGGCUCCGAUGUGGACAACUAUAAUCCCCUCGUGGACUGGGGCUUUGCGACUACCCCGCAAAUCGGGUCAGCUAACCGUACACUGCACUAUGCUCGCGGGAAGACACUGGGAGGCUCUUCUGCUCGUAAUUACAUGUUGUACCAGAGACCUACUGUGGAUAGCUUGCAGCAAUGGGCUGACGAUGUUGGCGAUCAGAGCUAUACCUGGGAUGCUCUUUUACCUUACUACGAAAAGUCUGUCAACUAUACUCCUCCGAGCCCGGCUAUGUACACGAAUUCUUCAAACAAGCAGGAUCCAAGCGUGUUUAGCCCAGCAGGUGGGCCCUUGAAAGUAUCGUUCAGCAAUUACGUAGACCCAUUCGGAACAUGGGCACAGCAGGCACUUAUCAAGGCCAAUAUGUCAGAGAUCGAUGGUCUUGACAGUGGUAAGCUGCUGGGUUCUGCUUAUGCGACCUUGACUAUCGAUCCCAGCAACGCCUGGCGAGAGUCAUCCGAAUCUAGCUUUCUCAGCUACGCCCUGCAUGCCGGUUUCCCAUUGACCGUAUACAAGAACACUCUUGCUCAAAAGAUUUUGUUCGACAGCAACAAUACCGCGACUGGGCUUCAUGUGUCGACUGCUGGGUUUUUUGGUACACCGGCAAUAAACUUCACAUUGACCGCACGAAAGGAGGUUAUCCUCUCGGCCGGCGCUUUCCAAUCACCCCAGCUGCUCAUGGUGUCUGGCAUCGGCCCUUGUGAUGAGUUGGCCGGAUUUGGCAUCUCAUGUAUCAGCAACCUCACAGGUGUGGGCGAGAACAUGCAAGACCACCCGAUAUUUGGCAUUGGUCACCGUGUUAACGUUAACACGGCAUCAGCAUCUGUAAACAACCACACGCUGGCUGCUGAGAGUAUUUCAUCCUACGUCUACAACGCAACGGGCCCUCUUUCCAUUUUUGGUCCGGGUGUCUACGGUUGGGAGAAGCUUCCAGAGCCGUUCCGGUCUCAACUGAGCAGUCAGUCCCGACGAGCGCUCGAUACCAGGUUUCCCCCUGACUGGCCGGAGCUUGAAUGGCUGCCAGUUUCCGCAUACAACGGAUACAACCUAGACAAACAGACAGGCGAUCCACAUGAUGGUCACAACUAUGCAACUCUCAGUACAGCGCUUGUGGCACCUCUUUCCCGUGGGACAGUGAAACUGCAGAGUGAUUCUAUGAAUAUCCCACCGCUCAUCAAUCCUAACUGGCUGGCAGACCCGGCCGAUUCAGAGUUAGCUAUUGAGGCAUUCAAACGCCAGCGCGAGCUAUGGGCAAUUUUGGCCGAUCUCGGUGUUGCCGAUCCGAAUGAAGCUUUUCCAGGCUUCAAUUACUCGACAGACGCCCAGAUCAAGCAGAUCAUCGCCGAAAGUAUGACCACUGUCUACCAUGCCUCGGCAACCUGCAAGAUGGGCCGGAAAAAUGACACCACGGCUGUUGUGGAUAGCCAGGCCCGGGUGUACGGAGUCCAGAGUCUUCGGGUUGUCGAUGCCAGUAGCUUUCCGUUUUUGCCGCCAGGCCAUCCGCAGUCUACUGUGUAUGCAUUUGCUGAAAAGAUUGCUGAUUUGAUAACCAGUCAAUAA